GGCUGUGAGGGCGGGGGGGAGGAGCUGGGUGUUGCCUCGGUCUUGGAGCCAGACUCAGGAUCCCCGGUUGAGACUCAGCCCAGUACCCUUCGCGGAGCCCCUCGCUGCACCGUCUAGUCAACUCUGCACCCAGUGUGUCUGUCUGAAAUAACCAUGGGAGUCGAAGGCUGCACCAAAUGUAUCAAGUACCUGCUCUUCUUCUUGAACUUCAUCUUCUGGCUUGCAGGAGGAGUAAUCCUGGGCGUGGCCCUGUGGUUGAGACACGAUCCCAAGACAAGCAGCCUGCUGGUGCUCGAAAUUGAUGGAGCCCAUGCCCCCAGCACCUUCUACAUCAGUGUCCACAUCCUGAUCGCUGUCGGUGCAGUGAUGAUGGUGGUUGGUUUCCUUGGUUGCUAUGGUGCCAUCCAGGAGUCUCAGUGUCUUUUGGGAACUUUCUUCGCCUGCCUGGUCAUCCUGUUCGCUUGUGAAGUUGCAGCUGGAAUCUGGGGCUUCAUGCACAAAGACACUAACACAUUUGUAGGAUCUUUACUGUGUUGUGUUUGUGUGUUUCAGCUGAAGUGCUGUGGAAAAGGCGUGGGAACCUCGGUUCUUACAUUGUUGACAGACAGUUUAGGCGUGACUGACCUGUGCCCAAGCAGUGGACUACAAGUUAGUUGCCACCAUAGGAUCCAGGAGCUCUUCUCAGACAAGAUCUACCUGAUCGGUAUCGCCGCUCUAGUGGUGGCAGUUAUCAUGAUCUUUGAGAUGAUCUUCAGCAUGGUGUUGUGCUGCGGGAUCCGCAACAGCCCGGUGUACUAAAGCUACAGUGGGGCGGCCAGCCGACGUGCAAAUGAAGGAAGGUCGACGUUGCAGUCGCUGUCUCAUUCGCUCUCUUUUCUUUUAUAAGCAGGAAACCUCACAUAUAUAUUGCUUGCUGGAUUUAGUCAGCUGGUUGAGAAGACAACGUACAAACCACCCUCCAUUGAGCAUUUUCAUGACACUGUCGACAAAUGUUUCGUUAGUCACAGAUGCAGUUCUGCAUAUUUGACCAGUGCUUUCCUAAUCUGAUAAGUAGAUUCGUAUUAUAUUACACUGUCACACAAUAAUUACUUUCACCAGUCCUGGUGCUUUAAUCCUUUAGGGAUUUGUUAGUUGUUUACUGCCUCCUUGCCUAUGAACAUGCUCUUAUAUUCUUGGUUUUAUAGAUGUUUUUUUUCCACUGUUUUAUGUAUAAACUGUAUAUAAAUAUAUAUAUUAACAGUGCUUUAUGACUGCAUGAGCAUGGCUAUUACAGUAAAUUCUUCUGUAUUCUUCUUGCACUCAGCUCAUUCAAUUUGCCCCAGACUGAACCACAUGAUGGUGUGUAAGAUCACCACUAGCAUCGGCCUCACCACACCAUGUAGAGUGAAUGUAACACACAUGUAAUGCACUCCCCCCAUCCCACAGAUCACUGUCUUGACUGAAAUCCACAUCAAAUGUAAGAUGAGAGGGUUGAUACCACUCUCAAGUCUUGGGGUUGAAAUUUGAAAACUAGGUUAGCUUAGCAUGACGGGUGGAGGGAAGAGGAAAUGUACGCUGGAAGUGUUUUUGUCCAUGUGCAGAGACUUCUGGAAUCGACCAGUGGAAACACACCUGGCCGAGCUGUAGUUCCAUCACGUCCCUCCCUUUUACUAUAAAUUCUCAUUAAUACGUAACCAAGUCAUUUCCAUUGCCCGUGUUGUUACAUUUGUCUGUUUCACACAUUAAUGAUGUCUUUCAGGGCUGUUGUGUCAAAUUAGAUAUUGCAAGUGUUUAUGCUCUUGUGUCUGCUCUUUUCUUAAUAGUCUCAGGCUAAUAGCAGUGCUGAUGUUUGUAGUAGUAGAGGACAGUGCAGUCACAUUAACACUACAGUGUUGAUUCCACCUGGCAACUGAACAUGCUCAUCAUUCAGUCCAGUGGGGUGUUCUUCCCCCACAUGGGCUUAAACAUACUUGGAGCUGUGGUCUGUUCCUUCUAGAGCCAUCUGCCACUGACACUAAUGCAAAACUGCAUACUCAUCAUGAACACAUACUCACAGAAUCAUCAUCUCACCCCGUGUAACCCUCCAUAUUAUCAUAGCAUUUGUCCCUCAACUAAAACUUGUCUUGCUAUCAUCUCAUACUUAAACUGAGGAGCUGUAAAAAGUCUCUUGUAAUAUUUACAGCUCUGACGUAUUGUACUAAUGAAUGUAAUGAAGGCUGUAAAAAGACAAUAUAUGCCUUUUAUCUCUCUUUGUAUUGUGAUAUCAAUGUCUGGUACGUCGUCAAAGGAGUCUGAAAAGAGGGCGGGAGAUUUUUGUGGCAGUGCUGACUGGGAGGAAAUCAAACCUUCAACACAUUAUGAACAAAAAAGCGACACUCUUCAAACGAUAAGGGCACAAGCUGUGUGUCUCUGACAAUGCUGUCCAUGUUGCUGCAUUUUGAACCUAGUAACACACUCAGGCCUCACUUCCACUUAAAUCUCAACCCUCUCUACUCUUGUAGACUUUGGUUUGCCCAAAUAUAAAGGGAUUAAAUGUAUUUUACAAAUAAA